AUUAUCUUCUUUUUAUAUGGUGAACGCAACUGAUUACCAGGACAGACUGAAGGUCUGGCAUGCCCGCCUCAAUAACACAACCGACCUCCUCGUUCCUACAGACUAUCCCCGGCCAUUGCCGGCGCGUGUUGUGGAGGACGUUCAAACCCUUGAACUGUCAGAACAGACUCUAUUGAGCAUACUGCAACUGUCACUUGGAAUACAACUAAAGGAUGGCCACCCUACCCCAUUCACCAUUCUUCUUGCUACCUUCGCUGUCUUGUUGCAACGAUACACGGGCGAUGAAGAGUUUGCUGUUGGCACUUCGUCCGCUUCUGGCAACCCUCUGGUCCUCAAGCUAAACGUCGAUCCUCAACAACCCUUUAACGAAGUUGUCAAGAUGGUGUCGCAGGUGGAGGCUGAUGCAUUGGCGGAUGAAGUUCCUUUUGAAGUCUUGUUGGAUGCUAUGCAGAAGGCGGCCGUUGACACAGAAUCACAGAGACCAUUGUUCAGAGUUAGAUUCUACAACGAAACAGAUACACCUUCACAAAACCUCUUGUCAUCUACAUCCUCCACAUCCGACCUCACUAUUUUCAUCACCUCACCAACUGCCUCAACUUCAUUGAGAACGUCUUUCCUCAAAGAGAUCUCUAUUCGCGUUGUUUAUAACCAGAUCCUCUUUUCCCCCAAGCGUAUCCAAUACAUUCUCUCUCAGAUAACCGCUGUUUUGGAAGCUGCUGCUAAAGAUGCUCAAACAAAAUCGGUUGGCCAGAUCCCAUUAUCGGACUUUAAUCAAGAAUCUUCAUCGCUUCCUGACCCCACAACAAACCUCCACUGGUCUCAGUGGCGUGGUGCCAUCACUGACAUCUUUGCUUCAAACGCCAAGAAGCACCCUGAACGUACCUGUAUUGUUGAGUCCAAUGACCAGGGCGGUCAAGUUGUUUACACAUACCAACACAUUCAUGAGGCUUCCAAUCUGGUUGCCCACUAUUUGAUCCACAAGGGCAUCCAGCGUGAGGAUGUUGUUAUGAUCUAUGCUUACCGCGGUGUUGACCUUGUCAUUGCCAUUAUGGGUGUUUUGAAGGCUGGAGCCACUUUCAGUGUCAUUGAUCCCGCUUAUCCCCCAUCUCGUCAGCAAAUCUACUUGUCAGUGGCAACUCCCCGUGGUCUGAUUUUCAUCUCUCAAGCUGGUCAAAUCGACCCCACAGUCCGUCAGUAUGCCAAGGAUAAUUUGGAUAUUGUUUGUGAAAUCCCUGGCUUGCAUAUCAACCAAGAUGGCUCCGUAAGCGGUGGUCAAUCUGCUGGAUCCACGACCGAUGUGUUUGAUGAUGUUAAAGAAAAGGCUGCCCAAGACACUGGUGUUGUGAUCGGCCCUGAUAGCAUCGGUACACUUUCUUUCACCAGUGGUAGUACUGGUAUUCCUAAGGGUGUAAGAGGCCGUCAUUUCUCUUUGACCCACUUCUACCCAUGGAUGUCUACUGAGUUUGGACUCUCCGAAAACGACAAAUUCACCAUGUUGUCUGGUAUCGCCCACGACCCUAUUCAGCGUGAUAUUUUCACACCAUUGUUCUUUGGCGCCCAACUGCAUGUGCCAACCACUGAAGAUAUUGGUAUCCCUGGUCAAUUGGCUACCUGGAUGAACAAGGCCCAAGUCACCGUUACGCAUUUGACCCCUGCUAUGGGACAGCUUCUUUCAUCACACGCUCAAGUUGAAAUUCCAUCCUUGAAGAAUGCUUUCUUUGUCGGUGAUAUUUUGACCAAGCGCGAUGCUGCUCGUAUCCAAAAGUUCGCUCCCAACGUUGCCGUCAUCAACAUGUACGGAACCACUGAAACCCAGCGUGCAGUUUCUUACUACGUCCUUCCUUCCCGUGGCUCGCACCCAGCCUUUUUGAGCUCUCAAAAGGAAGUCAUUCCUGCUGGAAAGGGUAUGGUCAACGUCCAACUGCUUGUUGUUAACCGACAUGAUCGAAGCUUGAUGUGCGGUGUUGGUGAAAUUGGAGAGAUCUAUGUCCGCGCUGGCGGUUUAUCUGAAGGAUACCUUCGUCUUCCUGACGCAACCAACGAGAAGUUCUUGCCCAACUGGUUUGUAGAGAAUUCUGGCGACGAUGGCGUGAUCGAGAGCCAAGUGGGUGGUGAAGAAUGGAAGGAGUUCUGGAAGGGCAAGCGAGAUCGCAUGUAUCGCUCUGGCGAUUUGGGACGCUACAGACCUGAUGGAAACGUUGAAUGUACCGGUCGUGCUGAUGACCAAGUCAAGAUCCGUGGUUUCCGUAUCGAACUUGGCGAAAUUGACACACACUUGUCCCAACAUCCUAUGAUUCGUGAGAACUGCACCCUGGUUCGUCGUGACAAGAACGAAGAACAAACUUUGGUUGCUUACUUUGUUCCAGUUCAAGACACGGAUUCCAUUGAUGGAUUUGUCAGCUCUACUGACGAGAAUGAAAAUAAUAGCGAAGGCCUUGUGUCUCGUCACAAGUACAGACGCCUCAUUCGUGACGUUCGCGAAUACCUCAAGCAGAAGUUGCCAUCCUAUGCUGUGCCUUCUGUGUUUGUUCCUUUGACUCGCAUGCCACUCACUCCUAACGGCAAGAUCGACAAGCCUGCUUUGCCUUUCCCUGAUACUGCUCAAUUCCGAAGUGGUCCUGCCGCUGCUGAAAGCAAGGAAGUUGCAAAGGAUGCGCCAAAGAUGACACAAAACGAGACCAUCAUUCACAAAAUCUGGCAGCAAUUACUCCCUGCUCCUCCGGCACCCUACAUUCCUCUUGAUGAUAACUUCUUUGACCUCGGUGGUCACUCUUUGAUCGCCACGCGCUUGAUCUUUGAGAUUCGUAACGCUUGUCAAGUUGAUGCCCCUCUGGGUCUCGUUUUCAAGGAGCCUACUAUUCGUGGACUGGCUAAGGAAGUUUCUAGACUUCAAAACAGCGACUUGCUGAUUGACGAUGAAAAUCCAGAGUCUAACAAGACUGAUGAGGAGUCCAACAACCAAAAGGAAGUAGUUGAUUAUGCCGCAGACUUGGAAGCCCUUUGUGAAUCACAUCUGUCGACCUCUUACCAAGGUAUUGCACCCCGUGAGGGUUCUGAACGUACCGUAGUUUUGACCGGUGCAACUGGUUUCCUCGGUGCAUUCAUUCUGGCUAAAAUCUUGGAACAACCUAAUACCCGUGUGAUCUGUGUUGUCCGUGCCAAGGACAGUGCUGCCGCUGUAGAGCGUGUCAAGAAGUCAUCUGAGUCCCAUCUUGUCUGGCAAGAUGCUUGGCUCGCUGAUAAACGUGUCGAUGCAGUCUGUGGUGAUUUGGCAAGCGACCACCUUGGCUUGAGUGCCGCUGAUUGGGAGAGACUUACCACCGAGGGUGAUACCGUCAUUCAUAAUGGUGCCCUUGUCCAUUGGGUCUAUCCUUACCAGCACCUUCGUGCUCCCAACGUCAUCGGUACCCUUGAAGCAAUGAAGCUUGCAACAGAACACCACCAAAAGUCUUUCCACUUUGUCUCAUCGACUUCUGUCCUCGAUACACAGCAUUAUGUUGAGCUCUCUGAUGCUCUUACCGAGAAGCAUGGCCAUGGUGUGUUGGAAUCUGACGACCUUGAUGGCGCCCGCAACGGCCUUGAAACUGGUUACGGUCAAAGCAAGUGGGUUGCUGAAAAGCUCAUUAUGGAGGCUCGCAAGCGUGGUAUGCCAGCUACUAUUGCACGACCAGGAUAUAUUCUGGGUGACUCCAAGACCGGUGUUACCAACACAGAUGACUUUGUGUGGAGACUCAUGAAGGGCUGCACAGAGCUUGGUUAUAUUCCAUCUAUGAGCAAUUUGAUCAACUGCUGUUCUGUUGAUUAUGUUGCUGCCUCCGUCGCUGCAUUUGCCUUGGAUGAUGUUAACUCUACUUCACUCGGUAUCUUCCACAUCACUCAUCCCCCUACCUUCCGUUUCACUGAUUUGUUCGGCACUUUGGUUCGAUAUGGCUACCACUGCGAUCAAACCGAAUACAUUGACUGGCGCAACCGCUUGAUGGAGUACACCCUUAAGGCACAAGAUCACUCCUUGUUCCCACUUCUCCAUUUCGUUUUGGAUGACCUUCCCACUUCAACCAAGAGCGCUCAGUUGGAUGAUAGAAAUACUCAGGCCAUUGUGUCCAAGCAAGGCAUCACAUGCCCUAUCAUGGACGACCAACUUUUCGGCGUGUACUUUGCCUACCUUGUCAAGGUUGGCUUUAUGCCAGCUCCUCCAGCUGGAGCUGAGUUGACUCUACCCGAACUCACUGCAGAGGUCACUCAGCUUAAGCGUAGCGCUGCGCAUCAGUAAGCUCUUACCAGCGUAUAGAACCCUCUCUCACUGACAUCUUGGGGCUUAUUGCGCAAUCAAUAGUGUAUAAAAAAAAAAAGGAAAUUAUAUUGUACAUUUUCUUGAUUCAACCUGCUUCAUUCUGAAAUAAAAUAUUCAUAAAC